AUGGUAGAUCUCACCCGUCCCCGCUCUCGUGCCGAAAGCGUUUCGCGUUCCUUCUUCCCCUUCACCAAGCGCCCCGCAACACCUCCCCCCCUUCCAUCACCCUACACAGACGCAGGCACUGGCCGUGCAAGUUCCCCGGUCCUGCGCUCCUUCUUCGACGACUCUCCCGCCCCACCGAAGCGUGCACACAGCCGCCCUCCCACCUCGGCGUCCACAUGUCCGCUCACCAGGGUCUCGACGUCCAGCACCCCUGCUCAGAGCCCUCACAAUGCAUCGCUACCCUCAUUCUUCGACGACCACGAGUCGAAUCAUUCCACACGCCCUGCCCCUUCCUACACGCGCCCUGCUACUCCUAUCGACCAGGUCCAGCGUGUUCACGCCCGCCUCCCGCCCUUGCGAAAGUCCCGUAGCAACGGCCACGGGCUUCUCAAGCGAUCUAAUCCCCGCAAGGCACCGCAGUCCGCCGAGACGGCGCCACCAGCAGGUCUGGGCUUUCAAGACCUCAACCUCUGGGUUCAUGGUCAGGUGGACAAGGGAAACCCUUCGCCGCUCACCCGCCCUCGGGAAGUCCCGCCUGUCAUCUCACACAGCAGUAGCUUCGACGGCAAUCACGAGGUACCUUCAUACGUGUACGAGAGACGGGGGAGUGCAACGAGCACCUCGACAGCAAGCAGCCAGUCGAGCUCAGGCCUAGCUGCCCGUUUCACUCAUCUCGUCAAUCUGGCCUUACCAAGCCGGAUGAAGUUGAACGCGAAGUCGAAGAUAAACCUCGCAGUCGUUACUUCCGAACCCUCGGACUAUGCCGACGACUCGUCUCCUUCUACGCUUUCAUCCGAGUCACCCCCUUCCACUCCGAGUUCACCAUCUGUCGCCUCGCGUAGUAACGUCCGUUCAGCGAGUGCUGGUGAGCGUUACGAACGCUCGACGAUUGACGAAGACUACGAGUCUAGCUCACCCAUCGGACGUGUACUCACUCCCGAGUUGGAUCCGUUCGCCAAGGCCGAUAUUGCACCCCCGGUUCAUGAAAACGAGGAACAGCUUGCCUGCAUCACCUGUGUCGACUGCAUUGACAUACCCUUCCUCGUGCUCGCUAUAUUCCCCUCGGCGCUUCGCAACCCGAGAUUCACCCUACCACACAGUCCCGGCAACCUCUCCCGCACGGCAAAUACCUCCUUCAGCCUGGUCACUCUUUGGGUCUUCGGCGGAUGUUGCCCAGAACAUUGGCAGGAGCCCUCCCUCUACACCUCCUCGAUCUGUUUUUUCGACACACCGAACAUCCCCAAGACGGAGAGAAAAGUCGGCCUCCCCGCCGACGAGCUCUGA